AUGUCGAGCAAGAGGCACUCCGUUCUCCCGGCCAUCGAUCGCAGCGGGCCCAAGCCGCCUGUUCACUUCUCCUCCUCGCUCAUCAUCUCCGACAAUGCCAUACUGCAAGGUUCACAUUCGAUAACGAUGCAGUCGGAGAGUGCGGUGCACCCACGAUCCAGGAUCGAGUCGACGAUUGGCAGCGUCCUCGUCGGUCGGCGGUGCAUCAUUCACGAACGAGCACAUAUCGGCGCACGCCCCAAGGACCUGAGCCAUGCCCAGGCGGGAGGCGUUGUCUUGGGGGAUUACGUCGUCGUGGAAGUCGGCUCCGUCAUCGAGGCUGGAGGAACCGAAAUUGGCGAUGGGACGACUCUACAAGUCGGCAGCAGAAUUGGAAGCGGCGCCAAAAUUGGCAAGCACUGCACCAUCUCGAGUCUGUCUGUGAUUCCGCCGGGAGAAGUCCUCCCCGAUUUUACGACGGUAUAUUCGAAUGGCCUGCGGCGGAUGGACAAGCGUGACAUGGGCGAAAUGCGCAAGGCCGGUUUGGUCAAGCAGAUUGCCGUGUUACGAAAGUUGAUACCCAGCGACCCAGAGAAAUUCAAAUGA